GUUUUUUUGUCAACAGUUUUUCUUGUAUUCUCGCUUCAAUAAAUGCGAUGCAAAUUAGUUUGAAAUGACAGUUUCACUGAAGACGUGGAAAAUGAAAUUCAUUCUUUUAAUAUUGUCCCUCGCUGCUUUAAGCCAGGUUUCGCUUGCCGGAGUCCUGGGAAGAUUUAAACGUGGAAAUACUGCAGAAGGUUUUGAAUUCACAGUUAAUUUUUUGAAAAACUUGGCUGAAGCCACUGGUCCACUUGUGAAGUCGGUGGUAGAGCAGAUACCAAAAACUGAAGCCUACUCAACAUACAAAGCGGAAUUAGACGAAUACAUGACCUCGUACGAAGAAUACAAAACUAAAAAGGGGAUGUGCUUCCAAAAAUCGAUGACUUUGUUGGAGAAAUUCAUUACUCUUACGGACAAAUAUGAAAAGGAGGAUGCUCCCGCCGAGGCCAAGAAGGUAGAUGAGCUUUUCAAUAGCUACGACAAUCAGAAAUUGGAGAAAGAAAUUGAACGAUUUGUUGAAAAGAUGGAAUCUAUGGAAAAAGACUCAUCAGAGGAAGACGAAAUGGAUGGAGUUCGUAUCGUCAGUAAAAUGUUAGAGAUCUGUUAAUAUGUUGACUAAAUAAAAAAGUGUGUGUAAACUAAUUCUCUUAGAAAA